AUGGCUACAACCGCCCCACGCCUUGAACUUCCAGGCCCGAUACAUCCCGCGAAAGUUGAGAAACACGGCGUGAAGCCUUCUAUAGCGCGGCCUGUCCGGAUCGCAGUCUAUGAUCCACGGGAUCACGAGGCUCCUGCUAUUUUACAUGAACCACGACAGUACACUGUUGAUGAUGCGAAGGCAUCUGCUGUUAUAUUGAUCAGCGGUGCGGGCGGGGGUGUCAGUGGACCUGCUGGAAUAUACCCCUCCCUCGCCGACAAACUCGCCAUGCUCCUCUCCAUCCCCUGCAUCAGACUCGACUAUCGCGAACCCGCUCAGACAAACUACUGUUCUGCCGACGUAAUCGCCGCAAUGGAUUAUCUCGCCGGCGAAUUCUCCUCCAAACACUUUGUGCUUGUUGGAUGGUCUUUUGGCGGUAGUCCGUGUUUCACUGUCGCUGCGAAAGAUCCCAAUCGUGUUGCGGGCGUGGCGACCGUGGCAUCACAAACCGCGCGGACGGAAGGGGUUACGAUGUUGACUCCUAGGCCCUUGUUGCUGUUGCAUGGUACAGGGGAUACGUGUCUGUCAUCGCGGUGUUCACAAAGUCUAUUUGAAGCAUAUGGGCAGUCUGGGAAAAAGGAGUUGAAGCUUUUUGAUGGUGAUGAUCAUGGGUUAAGCCGGAAUGCCGUGCAGGUGGAGAAGUUGAUAUUUCAGUUUGCGGCGAGGACUCUGGGGUUCAAGGAGGUGUUGGGGGAUCCGUAUAUUGACAUACAGGCUAGUCAGGAUCUGGCAGGGAGUAGACAGGAGAGGAUUAGAGAGAUGAGGGAGGGACACGAUUUUGAGGGUGAGAGGUUGUAA